GUAAAUCAGUUUGCGUCAAGAAACAAGAGGUUCAUCAACAACAAUUUUCAAUCGAGUUUAUUUAAUUAUUUUUAAUUCAAAGCGUUGUCAUAAGUUCAGUGUUUUUUAAUAUGUUAUUCCAUUGUGAUAAAUGACAAAUUGUAACAAUUAAAGUCAAUAUAUAAACAUUGAAUGUUAAUUUAUGUAUGAAAAUAAAUUGGAUUACGUUUUGCGAAGAGAUAUUUCUAUUUUGUUUUUGAAUUCCCUAAAUUGAACAAAAAACCAUUUAUUACGGCAUUGAGGAGUGAUUUAAGAUUUAGAUUGAGCCAAUGAAAACCACAAACAAAGUGAAGUGAAGUGCGAUGGAAUCAGGUCACAGAAAACUGUUGAAGAGUCCACGAGAAAGUGCUAAUUUUUUUUCAGUAAUAUUUUUCGGCUGGUCAAUACCAAUUUUUAAAAAAUCCUAUAAUAAUGUCUUGCAUCCAAACGAUGCAUUCGAGCCUCUUGAUGAGGAUCGAUCUGAAUAUCUCGGAAAUCGACUGGAAAGUGCUUGGCAAGCCGAGCAGAAAGGAAAGACGCGCCCAUCCUUAUUGCGCGCAUUAGUGAAAGCGUUUUGGCGUGAAGUGAUUAUUUUGGGAUUUUUGUGCUUUUUCACCGAUUUUAUCAGUCGAUUAACACUUGCAUUUCUGUUAGAGAAACUGUUGUCGUAUUUUCGAGAAAAUACCCAAAUGAGCCAUGACGAGGCUUUAAUAUAUGGCAUUUGUUUAUUUACUCUCAGUGUAGUCCAUGGCAUAACUUUGCUACAUUAUCUAUUCAAGGGAUUACAUUAUAGUAUGAAAGUUCGUGUGGCUCUUUCUAGUGUUAUUUAUCGGAAGACACUUUGUUUGUCUCAAAGAUCGUUGGCAAAUACAGCUCCGGGCAAACUAGUGAACUUAUUAUCAAAUGAUGUACAACGAUUUGAAUCUGUUUCUCUUUUGCAUCCGCUAUGGAUAUCACCGUUCACCACAAUUAUUGCUGCAAUGAUUUUGUGGAUUGAAAUUAGAUGGGCGGCCAUCAUUGGGAUGAUUAUUGUUUUUAUCUUUGUACCGAUUCAAACUUAUUCAAGUCGACUGUCAGCAAUGUAUCGAUUUAAAACGGCUUUGCGAACAGAUGAACGUGUACGGUUUAUGGACGAGAUUAUAUCUGGAGUUCAAGUGAUUAAGAUGUAUGCAUGGGAAAAACCUUUUGAACGAUUGAUUUCAGUAGCUCGACGUUCCGAAUUGGCAGUUAUUCUGAAAAAUUCCUACAUUCGUGGUUUGAAUAUGACACUUUCUCUGUUCGCCACAAGAGCUGCACUUUUUGGUACUGUAUUAUCAUAUGUUUGGUUUUAUGGCCCCGAAAAUCUGACCGUCUCCAAAAUGUUUAUGACAGCAUAUUUACUUAAUGUCAUUACAUUGGCAAUGUGUCGUAUUUUCAUUCGAAGCAUUUCUGAGAUAAGUGAAGUGUAUAUUGCUCUUAAUCGACUGCAAAUGUUUCUUGAAUAUGAAGAAAAGUGUGAAACAGUUCCAAAAAAUGUGGAGAUCAUCAGUUCUGAUCUGUUAGAAUCGGAGAAUAUAGCUAUUUUGAUGAAAAAUGUGUCAGCCAAAUGGAGUGCGGUUGAAGAUCAAACUGGCAAAAAAUCUUUCAAAUUAACGAAAAAAAUUGGUUCCUACCAAAAUGAGGAUGAGUUGAACGAGAGCAAAUUAUUUCAACUUCAAAAUAUAAACUUGGAAGUAUCGAAAGGAAAACUAAUUUUCGUUGUCGGAUCUAUUGGGGCUGGUAAAUCGACACUAAUGCAAGUUUUACUCAAGGAAUUGCCAGUAAAUCAGGGCCUCAUGGGAAUAAAUGGUACGACUUCAUAUGCGAGUCAAGUUAGUUGGACAUUCACAUCAUCGAUCCGACAAAACAUUGUGUUCGGUGAACCAAUGGAUCGAUCACGAUACGAUGAAGUGGUUAAAUGUGCAGCUUUAACAAGAGAUUUCGCACAAUUUAGUAACGGUGAUAUGACGAUGGUCGGCGAAAAUGGAGCUGGUCUCUCAGGUGGCCAAAAAGCUAGAAUCAAUUUCGCUCGUGCUCUCUACCGAAAAGCGGAUAUAUACUUGAUAGAUGAUCCCUUGAGCGCGGUGGAUACUCACGUGCAAUCACAUUUGUUCCAUAAGUGUAUCGGCCCGAAUGGAUAUCUGGCGCGUCAAAAUGCCACUCGGAUUUUGAUCACACAUCAGUUGCACUUCAUGAAGGAGGCAGAUUGGAUUGUCGUACUGAAGGACGGAAAGAUUGAAAUACAAGGCAAUUAUGAUACAGUUUUACAGGCUGGAGUAGACUUUGCCAGCAUACUGCGCGAGAAUGAACCAGAGCAAAAUGGAGAAAAAGUAGAAAAUAGACGUCGAAGCUCGGCUUUAUCGCAGAAAAGUCAUUCAAGUUUGUCGGGAUCACUGAACAAAGAGACUAACUCAGAUGAAAAUCAAUAUAAAUCCGAAGGUCAAAAUGAAUUGGGGAAAGAGUUAGAGGCAACAUCCAAGGGCAAAGUUAAAGGAUCGAUGCUUUUAAAUUAUCUGAAUUCUGCCAACAUGCCUUGCACUUUAAUAUUCAUGUUUAUACUAUUUUUAAUAACACAAGUUUCGGCUAGCGUUGCAGACAUAUGGGUUUCGUACUGGAUAAGAAACGAAGAAUCUCGCGUAUAUCAACUCGAAAAUGGGUUAUCAAACGAUUCAAUGAGCUCAUUUAAUAAUACAUCUAGCGAUACUGAGUCAAACCCUUGGCCCACAGAAACUUACGUAUACAUAUACAGUGCAAUUAUGCUUUCGUUGAUAACCCUAGCAGCAACACGAUCAGCAACAUUUUGUUGGAUUUGUAUAAAGGCGUCGCAAAGUUUGCAUGAUAAAAUGUUCAGUGGAUUAAUAUCAACAGCGAUGAAAUUUUUCAAUGAAAAUCCAAUGGGACGAAUUAUGAAUCGAUUUACAAAGGAUUUGGGCAACGUGGAUGAAAUGCUGCCAAGAAUAUUAUUGGAGGCUCCGCAAAUGAUAUUGAUCGCACUGGGUGCAGUUGGCGUCACUAUUUUUACAGAUAUUAAGCUGGGGGUUGUGAUCGUCGUAAUGGUUGUCAUUUUUCUUUUUGCACGUAAAAUAUAUUUGGAAACGUCUACAAACAUUAUGCGCCUGGAAGGGAUAACAAAAUCGCCAGUUUUCACCCAUAUUUCAGCAACACUGGGAGGAUUAUCGAUAGUUAGAUCAUUUCAAGCGGAACACAUUCUACGUAUUGAAUUCGAAAGACAUCAGAAUCUUAAUAGCGGCGUCUGGUUUAUGUACCUGGGUGCAACAAACGGAUUUGGAUUAUCACUCGAUUUAAUGGUAUAUGUCUUCAUUGGUUUCGUUAUUUAUUUUUUCUUAGUGGUGAAUGAAGGAGCUACUGGUGACCGUGUUGGAUUGGCAAUUACGCAAGUACUUAGUUUAUCUGGAAUGUUGCAGUAUGGAGUUAGACAAAGUGCUGAUGUAACGAAUCAACUUACAUCGGUUGAGCGUAUAUUAGAGUAUAGUCAACUUGAGCCUGAAAAACGACCAGAUGUACCGCAAAAAGUACCAGCUGAUUGGCCAUCGAAGGGGAAAGUGGAAUUUAAGAAAGUAUCAUAUCGAUAUUCAGCUGAAGACGAGCCAGUUUUGCGGGAAUUAUCAUUCUCAGUAAAACCGAAAGAGAAAGUCAGCGUUGUCGGUCGUACAGGUGCUGGAAAAUCUUCAUUGAUAUCAUCAAUUUUCCGAUUGGCAAUUGUCGAUGGUGACAUUCUCUUGGAUGAUAUCAACACCGCUUCAGUUGAAUUGAGUGAACUACGAUCGAGAGUAUCGAUAAUUCCUCAAGAACCAACACUUUUUUCAGGCACAUUGCGAAGAAAUUUGGAUCCUUUCGAAGAAUACUCGGACGCUGACAUUUGGAGUGCGCUCGAGAAUGUUGAAAUGAAAGAAUAUGUGUCGAAGAAUUAUGGUCUGCACAUGGCGGUUCAGUCACAUGGACAAAAUUUCAGCACCGGACAACGACAGAUUCUAUGCUUAGCUCGAGCGAUCCUACGAAAGAAUCGCAUUAUUAUACUUGACGAAGCAACGGCAAAUGUUGAUCUUCAAACGGACGAAAUAAUUCAAAAGACAAUACGAGAGAAGUUUGCUAGCUCGACAGUGAUAACGGUGGCUCACCGAUUGAACACGGUUAUCGACUCCGAUCGCGUAUUAGUUAUGGAUGCCGGUAGAGCUAUUGAGUUCGACGCACCGUACUUACUGAUGCAGAAAAAAGAGGGCAUAUUCCGAAAAAUGGUUGAAGCACUCGGACAACUGGAAUACGAUCGUCUAUUUUCAAGAGCUAAAAUUGCGUUUGAGUGCUCGAAAUAGCGAUGAAAUGUUAUCACCUUUAAAUCUAUGAGCGAGAUUGAGAGUAGUAUACUCUCAGAAUUCAAAGGAGGCAAACUAAAAAACAUAUAGUGUAAAACAUCAAACUACCCACUGUUCUUUGCCAUUGUAGGCAAAAUGUCAGUUUACCUACAUUGUUAAUACAAUAUGGAACACCGUUCCACCAAAAAUGUAGGUAAACUGACAUUUUGCCUACAAUGGCAAAAAACAGUGGGUAAUUUCUACCAUUAUAAACGUCAGCGAUCAACAUCAACAGAGACACUAUAGCACAUAGCAUUAAACGCACUAUUGCUUCACUCUUUGUACACACUUUGACAUCACUUAUGCUUUGGCGCGCGUCGUACGUUUUUCAAACGUUUAUGUUUGAUUCAAGUAUUUCACCGAUUUCACCGAAUUUUCUUACUCAAUAUCAAUAUAUUCAUUCUUACUUGGAAGUUUUUUUUUUAUUGCAAUGAUGUUUUAAAAUAUAUUUUGUCGAUAAAUAUAUUUUUUUUAAUUUCUAAAAUUAAAUGAAAUUAAAACACAUAGCAUGAAACGUAUUCAUAGUAGAAAUGCAUAUGUAUUAGUUUGUACUUAUUCAUUAUAAUGUAUUUAGAUAGGACGCUAGCGCGGCCUGGGUAAUUUGAUGUUUUACACUAUAUGUUUUUUUAGUUUGCCUCCUUUGAAUUCUGAGAGUAUGUUUUUAGGAUGACUUAUAUUUUGAUUUGUUUGACUCAGGAUUUUUGGCGAUUUUCAUUUUAAUGACAAAUGUCGAAUUGUAAUCUUAGCAAAAAUUGUUGAUCUUGUCAAACUGUACAGUGUACAACUUUCGAAAAGAUAUUUGCAUCAAUUGAAAUAAAUAAAUGAAUUAUUUUAAGA